ACGAGGACAAAUGCUGCAAAACCGGGACACCAUGGAAAUCCUUAGCAACUUGACAUCUAAAUUUCCAACCUUCUUGUUGACCAGCAUUCCUGGCCUAGAGUCUGCCCAUGCCUGGAUCUCCAUUCCUUUCUGUUGUUUUUAUGCCAUUGCCCUCUCUGGGAACACUAUGAUCCUGUUCAUCAUCAUUACCCAGCAGAGUCUCCAUGAACCCAUGUAUUAUUUUCUCUCCAUGCUGUCAGCCACUGAUCUGGGCUUGACUGUUUCUACAUUGUCAACAACAUUAGGUAUCCUUUGGUUUGAUGCCCGUGAAAUUAGUCUAGAUAGCUGCAUUGUCCAGAUGUUUUUUCUUCAUGGAUUCGCUUUUAUGGAAUCUGGGGUGCUGGUGGCUAUGGCCUUUGACCGUUAUGUGGCUAUUUGUGAUCCUCUGAGGUACACUACCAUUCUCACUAAUUCCAGAAUCAUUCAGAUGGGUCUCCUAAUUAUUACACGUGCAAUAGUACUAAUGGUGCCACUACUUUUGCUCUUUAAGCCUCUCUAUUUCUGUAGAAUGAAUGCCCUUUCCCACUCCUACUGUUACCAUCCAGACGUGAUUCAAUUAGCAUGUUCAGACAUUCGGGCUAACAGCAUCUGUGGAUUAAUUGAUCUUAUCCUGACCACUGGAAUAGAUAUGCCAUGCAUUGUCCUGUCGUAUAUCUUAAUUAUUUACUCUGUCCUCAGAAUUGCCUCCCCUGAAGAACGGCACAAGGUCUUCAGCACCUGUGUCUCCCACAUGGGAGCAGUUGCUAUCUUCUACAUCCCCAUGCUGAGCCUGUCCUUGGUGCAUCGCUAUGGUCACUCAGCCCCCAGAGCGGUCCAUUCAGUGAUGGCCAAUGUAUACCUGCUUUUGCCCCCUGUGCUCAACCCCAUCAUCUACAGUGUAAAAACAAAACAGAUCCGUAAGGCUAUGCUCAGUAUGCAGCUUACAAAAUGAAAAGACAUGUUGUUAUUUGAUAAAAACCUGGCAUAAGUGACGUGUUGUAGAGAAGCAAACUUGCUAUCUCACUGGCUAUUGCAUGUGGGUUUUAAAAAUAUUUUUCAUUCGUUCAACAAACAAUAAUACGUUGUAUAUUUGGUCAUAAAAUAUAGUAUGAUAUAUCAUCCAAGAUGUUUGUAAUUAGGAAAAUAACAAUAAUGAAAUGACAAAAUAAUACUCCUGGCAACUAACAUGUAUUAACUCUUUGUUUCAGGCUAGGUGUUCCACUAACUGCUUUUAAGACAUAUCCUAUUUAUUCUUCCAAAACAGCCAAAUGAAAUAUAUAUUACUAUUGGUGAUAUAUUACAGAUGAUGAAACAGAUUUAUACACAUUUAGGCUACCAAAGGCCAUGUGAAUAACAUGAGGCACAGUUGAUAUUUGAACCCAGGUGUUCUGUAUCACAAAUGCUAUGCUCUUCACCACUGUAUUACAUCCUCUGCCAAAGUCAUCUAGCAGAAAUGUUUUAAGAUCAAAACUAAAACCUGGAUCUCCAUGGUUCCAUCCCAUCUUAAAAAAACUGUAGUAACCUUCUUAGAAUACACUUUAGCUGUUUUCUUCAUGGAUAAUUCAUAAUAGAAAAGGUAAAAAUAGAUAUGUCAUGGCAUGCAAGUCAUUAGCCCUUGUUAGACAGUCCAAACAAAAGCUUUAGGGAUGAGGCACACCUGCUAAUUUAUCGCAGGGAAUGGGAACUUGAGAGAACUAGAAACGAACCUAAAGUAAAUUACAAGGAAGUUUGGAGCAGAUGUUCUGAACCUUUUUCUGCACUAUGGUCCCUUAGAAAUCUAAUGAAAUUCAUGGACCUUUCUCCAUAGAUAAACUUACAUUAUUUUCCAUAAUUUUCAGAGUUAUAACAAAUGCCAUUAAACACCUAUGUGGCUCCUUAACCAACUAAAGAACCAAGGUAAAGAAUUCAUGGUUCUCAUCUAUACAGUUUUACAGAGAUAGACCCAAUGUUUGGUUUCUGAAAAUGAACUAACUCAUGGUAACUCUUUGGAUUUCAGAGACAGACAGAAGCUUAAAAAUGUCAGUUGCAUAUAAUGGCAGAACAAAAUCAGUGGGAAUGGAGACAAGAACCUAAAGGCAGUCAUAUCAAUUUUAUUGCUACUGGAAAAGUAGUGAUAGACGGAAGAAAUGUUCCAUGUACCCCACAAAUACGGAGGGCAGCAGUGCGCUGGAGAGAGUGCACACCGGAGCCUAUUUUUGCACACCUUUCUAACUAUUCAUUACAUGAUGUCAUAUUGUAGCUUUAAAUCACUGAUAAUGAAAAUGUUUAUGCCAUAUAAACGGUAUUAUGUACCAUAUAUAAUACCAUUGUUCAAUUUAACUUAAUACCAUUGAGAAUUUUUUCUGUUUUUAAAUAUUCAGUUUAUCAGCACACAGUGAUUGCAGGUAUAUUUUAUGUUUGACCUUAUGGGAAACAAUAAAAACUAAAAGAGCAACAAAAAAUAUUACUGUGCACUCAUGAAGGUAAAAAUCUUGUGUUUAAAAUGUCAACACCAACAAAAACACCAUGAAAUAAUAAACUUAUUGGGGUGAUAAUUCAACAUACAAAAGUAAAAUUUUACCUUUGGUUUAUGUUGACUUCUGAGUUGAAAGAGUAUUCAAAUGUGAAUGCUGGAGAAGACUAUUUUGUCAGAAACUCUGGAAAAGUGUAAGAAAUAUUGUAUGACAAUUUUACUAUUCAUGGAAAAAUUAUCUUCUGAGUUUUAAGGUCUAUUUGUACACAGGAAUGAAAAUUAUAAAACACAAACUUUUUUUCUGUUUUUCCUCUACUUCAGCUUGCCUCAGGUGAACAUAGAUUACAAGAUUUGUAUUAGUAGCUUUAAAAACAUCUUUAGAUAGAACAAUGCCAUUAUGCAAAUGAAUUCAUUUAUUGAUUUAGUUUACAAAUUUGGCUAUACUUCCUGA